AUGGGAGACUGGUCCAUUCUCGGACGCUUCCUGUCCGAGGUGCAGAACCACUCCACAGUGAUCGGCAAGAUCUGGCUGACCAUGCUGCUGAUCUUCCGCAUCCUGCUGGUGACCCUGGUGGGGGACGCGGUGUACAGCGAUGAGCAGUCCAAGUUCACCUGCAACACCCUGCAGCCCGGCUGCAACAACGUCUGCUACGACACCUUCGCCCCCGUCUCACACCUGCGCUUCUGGGUCUUCCAGAUCGUCUUGGUCUCCACGCCGUCUAUCUUCUACAUCGUUUACGUCCUGCACAAGAUCGCCAAGGACGAGAAGCUGGAGAUCCAGAAGGGGCAGGUGAUGGCUGAGCGGACCUCCAAGAAGUUCUUUGGGCAGCUGGGAAGGGAAGGGCUGGAGAACAUGGAGACUGGUAUGCCCACCUACUGCCCUGGGUACAGGGAGGAGUGGGUUGGUCAGGAAGCGGAGGGGGUGGAGCAGAGCCUGCUGGAGGAGGACUAUGGGGAGUUGGGGGAGGAUCCCACUCAGCUCUCCAGCCAGGUGCUGCUCAUCUACAUCCUGCACGUGCUGCUGCGCUCCAUCAUGGAGAUCACCUUCCUGGUGGGGCAGUACUACCUGUUUGGCUUCGAGGUGCCUCAACUGUACCGCUGCGAGACCUACCCCUGCCCCACCCGCACAGACUGCUUCGUGUCACGUGCCAGUGAGAAGACCAUCUUUCUCAACUUCAUGUUCAGCAUUAGCGUGGGCUGCUUUGUGCUCAACAUCGCAGAGCUGCACUUUCUGGGCUGGGUCUACAUCUUCCGCGUACUGUGCUCCGCUUGCUCCACCUGCUUCCGCCCUGAGAGGAACCCUGUGGGGCUGUACGACCACCACAACCCUCUGCUGCUGCAGCUCAAACACUCUCUGAGGGGCAGGGUGGUCCUGGAGACUCCCACUCCCAUGGCCCAGGAGAAGGCUGGGGGCCACCUGCUCACUCAUGCCCCAGCCAUCUCCUUUGAGACCGAUUCUACUGUGGAGUGCACCUCCAAGAGGACUCCGGAAGAGAGGGACCGGGUUAAGGUUAAACUGGCCAACAUGGCCAAGAUGGAACGGACUAAGAAGUCUUGGCUGUGAAAGGCCCAUUCUGUGUGAUUCUCGGAU